CCGCGAGAGUUUAUGAGGUAUCGCGAGAUUUUAAGGCUAAACACUGGUGUCCAUCACUGUUGCUGUUUUCUGUAAAUAUCUUCUAAAAUGUUGGUUUUACUCGACUGCCUGUGAAUAAAUGUUCGGACAAAAACGUCUUUUAUCUUUGUUGGGGAGGACGAACAGGAACAUGGAGUCUGGUGAAGGUCUCAGCGCUCACACGCCCACUGAAGACAUGAACGGAACCGGGACCUUGAUGGACCUCCUGGACGAACCGUUCCCUGAUGUGGGCACGUACGAGGACUUCCACACCAUCGACUGGCUGAGAGAGAAGUCCAGAGACACGGACCGGCACAGGAAGAUCACCAGUAAGAGUAAAGAGUCCAUCUGGGAGCUGAUCAAGUCCCUGCUGGACGCCUGGUCUGGAUGGGUGGUGAUGUUGUUCAUUGGCCUCCUCUCUGGUACUCUGGCCGGAGUGAUCGACUUGGCGGUGGACUGGAUGACGGACCUGAAGGAAGGAGUGUGCCUGUCGGCCUUCUGGUACAGCCACGAGCAGUGCUGCUGGACGUCCAACGAGACCACGUUUGACGACCGGGACAAGUGUCCUCAGUGGCAGAAAUGGGCGGAGCUUAUGACGGGCCACACAGAGGGGGCGGGAGCAUAUGUGUUGAACUACUUCCUGUACGUCCUGUGGGCCCUGCUCUUCUCCUUCCUGGCCGUGUCUCUGGUGCGAGUCUUCGCCCCGUACGCCUGCGGGUCGGGGAUACCAGAGAUCAAGACCAUCCUGAGCGGCUUCAUCAUCCGGGGCUACCUGGGGAAAUGGACCCUGCUAAUAAAGACCGUGACCCUGGUUCUGGCCGUGUCGUCGGGCCUCAGUCUGGGGAAGGAGGGUCCUCUGGUCCACGUGGCCUGUUGCUGUGGAAACCUCUUCUGCAGCCUCUUCUCCAAGUACAGCAAGAACGAGGGCAAGAGGCGGGAGGUGCUGUCGGCGGCGGCGGCAGCCGGCGUCUCUGUGGCGUUUGGAGCGCCCAUCGGGGGAGUCCUGUUCAGCCUGGAGGAGGUCAGCUACUACUUCCCUUUGAAGACCCUGUGGCGGUCCUUUUUCGCCGCRCUGGUCGCCGCCUUCACGCUGCGCUCCAUCAACCCGUUCGGCAACAGCCGCCUGGUUCUGUUCUACGUGGAGUACCACACRCCCUGGUACAUGGCCGAGCUGGUCCCCUUCAUCCUUCUGGGCGUGUUCGGCGGACUCUGGGGGACCCUGUUCAUCCGGGCCAACAUCGCCUGGUGCCGGCGCAGGAAGACCACCCAGCUGGGGAAGUAYCCGGUCCUGGAGGUCAUCGUGGUGACAGGGAUCACAGCGGUCCUGGCCUUCCCCAACCCGUACACCCGGCGCAGCACCAGCGAGCUCAUCUCGGAGCUCUUCAACGACUGCGGCGCCCUGGAGUCCUCGCAGCUCUGCGACUACGUCAACAACCCCAACAUGAGCCGGCCYGUGGACGACAUCCCUGACCGCCCAGCCGGACCCGGGGUCUACAGCGCCAUGUGGCAGCUCGCGCUCGCCCUCAUCUUCAAGAUCGUCAUCACCAUCUUUACCUUCGGCAUGAAGAUCCCCUCGGGUCUCUUCAUCCCCAGCAUGGCGGUGGGUGCCAUCGCCGGCCGGAUCGUGGGCAUCGCCGUGGAGCAGAUGGCGUAUCACCACCAYGACUGGAUCAUCUUCAAGAACUGGUGCAGGCCCGGCGCCGACUGUGUCACACCGGGACUCUACGCCAUGGUGGGCGCCGCCGCCUGCCUGGGGGGCGUGACCCGUAUGACGGUCUCUCUGGUGGUCAUCAUGUUUGAGCUCACCGGUGGUUUGGAGUACAUCGUCCCCCUCAUGGCCGCCGCCGUCACCAGCAAGUGGGUGGCGGACGCCUUCGGCAAGGAGGGCAUCUACGAGUCGCACAUCCAGCUGAACGGGUACCCGUACCUGGACGUGCGGGACGAGUUCACCCACCGCACCCUGGCCACGGACGUGAUGAGGCCGCGCCGGAACGACCCCCCUCUGGCCGUCCUCACACAGGACAGCACCACGGUGGAGGACGUGGAGACRCUCAUCAAAGACACGGACUACAACGGCUUUCCCGUGGUCGUGUCCCGCGAGUCGGAGCGGCUGAUCGGCUUCGUUCAGCGCCGAGACCUCACGCUCGCCAUCAAAAACGCCCGUCAGAAGCAGGACGGCGUGGUGAGCAGCUCCGUGGUCUACUUCACAGAGGAUGCUCCGCAGCUGCCGGCCAGCAACCCCCAGCCUCUGAAGCUUCGCCGCAUCCUGAACCUCAGCCCCUUCACCGUCACAGACCACACCCCCAUGGAGACCGUGGUGGACAUCUUCCGCAAGCUGGGCCUCCGCCAGUGCCUGGUCACCAGGAGCGGGCGGCUGCUGGGCAUCAUCACUAAGAAGGACGUCCUGCGGCACAUGGCCCAGAUGAUGAACCAGGAUCCAGAGUCCAUCAUGUUUAACUGACUGACUGUAAAUACACCUGCUUCUUUAGCUCCGCCCACCUCCCCUCACCUGUACUGACCUCACCUGUCUCAAGUAUUUAUUGCAGCUCAUUGAAACAAAUUAAAAACAGUAAAAAAAAAAAAAAAACUCGAUGCUGAUGGAAGGUCACAGAGACCCUGAACAAACUUGAAGGUCUGUAAUACAAACCAACACUAAUUAAAGUUUAUUAUUGUUAUUUUAUUUAAUUAAAACUGUUUCAGGUUCGUUUGUCAAACAGGUAAGUUUGUUUUUAAUUUAAGUGAAGAACUGAAGCAUCUGUGAAGGUUUCAGAACCAGGACCAGUUUCACCAGAGAGGAAGCUCGGAAUGUACGGAAUAUCACUUUAAUCUGCAUUAAAUUCCAUUAAUCUGAGGAUUAAAAACUGAAAUAAACAAGUUUUUAAACAUCUGACAGAAGUUAGAAUAAACCCCAAUUUAAAAAUUUAGGUUUAAUUCAUUUUUAAUUAAUUUAUCAAAUAUUUAAAAUGAAUUAAAAAUAGUUUCUGUUAAAACCAUUUUUUAAGCUGCUGCCAUAUUUCUCUGAUCUCUGCCAAGUGUACUAUUUUUUUUUAAGUUUGUUUUUAUUCGUGCAUCUAAGGAAAAUCUGCAGGUUUGUUUGUUUUCAGAGGAUUUAUUGUGUGCUAAAAUGUAAAAAUGUGAAUUCAGACAGUUAAACGGUCAGAAAAAUGAGUUUGCACUGCUUUUCCUCCUCGUUGCAACACUAAAACUGUUUAUUUUCUGUAAAAAGAUAAACAAAAACUGAAUGUGUUAUCGUUACAUGUAAUUUCUGAUUUUAAUCAUAAACAGACCAUCUGUAGCAAACUGAUUUAUUGUUUUUUUUUUAUUUUUAUUAUUUAUUUAGUCCGAACUGAUAGUGUUGUUGAAUCAUUGCACUUUUUGUUCCCGGUUUGUAAAAGUUGGAGAAAUAAACUUUUAAAGUUGA